AGUAAAUUGUAAGACUGAAAAGAAAAGGUUCAUAAAAUUGUUUUAUUUGCAAAAUUUUUUCAUAUAUUUAUAAAAUGUACUUAAAUGUUUGAUGUACACUAAAAUAUAUAUGUGAUCUCAAUGGGAUUAUUGAAAUUUCUUCCACAAGUAAACAGAUUCUGUUGGUGUACGAGAAAUUUGAAAUGUGCCUCUUUCACGAUUAUUAUUGUAGGAAUGAUAACAGGCGUCAAUACAGCAGGCUUCCUGUGUAUACCUCCUUGCAAGGAGCUCUACGAAGUAUCCAGUCCAAUGAAACUAGUAGCCAAUGUGUUUAGAUGGUUGCUAUUCUCCUCCGAGUUGUUACUCCUUGCUAGCAUAUUCGGUUUCUUGCUGGGUAUAUUUUAUUCAAUUCGUGUAACCGCUGACGUGUUAAUAUGCACAGCUAUAGUCAAGUGCAUCAUAUCGGCUUUAUAUGGCAUACUUAUAUUAGUACAAGAACAAUUCACACAUUGUAGGUGGUACACGUCACAGAUAUUCCAUUUGGUCAUUUAUAUAAUGAUGUGGUGCUAUUUCAUAAUCGUCGUCAAUUCUUACCAGGAUAAGAUGUAAAAUUUAUUCUCUCAAUCAUUAUUAGGUACAAAAUGCAAAGGUUACGCCAAAGGUGUCCGGGGAAUAAUUCAAUGUCUUGUUAAUAUUUGAUUGCUUGUAAAUAUUAUUAAUAAAUA